AUGGGCCUGCUCCGGUUGCGCCAGUUCAGCUUGAAAGGGCUUACAGCACAUUUUGCGGCUUCAUAUAGAGUUUACCACCAGGCGGCUGGCUGGAAAAAGCUUGAGCGAACAGAAGCGCCUUGGGGAAAACCUUCCUUUAUCCACCUUCCUCCAAAUGAGCGAAAGAAUCCAAAUUACAUUUCACUGGCCUUCGCAAAGAAGGUAGAUAAUAUUUAUACUCAGGAUCAAGAGUUUAAACGCUGUUUAGACAGCUCUUUAAGGUGGGUAUUUGACAAUAAACUGAAGGCGUUUAAAACACCAGAAAAUGAGGCCAAAUGCUUUGCGUGGUUAAGGCUACGAGAGCACUUAUAUGUUCAGCUCCGAGAUAAUGUCAUAGACAAAAGAAUCGCAUCGUAUAGCGGUUCCAUUUCGGACAGCUUCCUUCCCUCAAGCCCAAGCAAUCUUGUUGCUCAAUUAGUCAACUGCGAUAAAGUCGCAGAUAAUCAAUGGAGAGCUAUACUAAACCAAGAAACCUUUGGAAGGUAUGAAAAGUUCAACCACAUUUUGAGCAAAAUCUACGAUUUUAUUUUGCAUCAAGAGAUCCUACCAGCGACGAUUCCCAUAACAUCAAGUGUCAACAAAACUGAAGACGUUGAUAUUUCAAACCCAGCAGAAUGGUUCCCGGAAGCACGGAAAUGGAGGAGAAAGAUUAUAAUGCACAUAGGUUCCACAAACUCGGGUAAAACCUACCGUGCUCUUCAAAGAUUAAAGCAGUGUGAUAGAGGCUAUUACGCUGGCCCUCUUAGACUAUUGGCGCGUGAAGUAUAUGAGCGCUUCAAAAAUGAGCAGAUAAAAUGUAACCUUCUGACUGGAGAAGAAGUUAUAGAAGAGCUUGAUGAAAUGGGAAAUCCUGCCGGGCUCACGUCUGGAACAGUCGAGAUGGUUCCUCUGUCUCAAAAAUUUGAUGUUGUAGUCUUGGAUGAGAUUCAAAUGAUGGGAGAUCCUGACAGAGGAUGGGCGUGGACAAACGCUCUUUUAGGUUCCAUUGCUCGAGAAGUUCACUUGUGUGGAGAGAAAAGUGCUCUUCCUUUGGUUCAGAAAAUCACAAAGAUGACUGGCGAUGAGUUGAUAGUAAAUGAAUACGAAAGACUUGGCGAACUUAGAAUCGAAGAGAACGCAUUGAAGGAUGGGCUGAAGGGCCUACGAAAGGGCGACUGUGUUGUAGCAUUCUCCAAGAAACGAAUCCUAGAUCUCAAAUUGCAGAUCGAGAAGCAGACCGACUUGAAGGUUGCAGUUGUUUAUGGGUCAUUGCCUCCUGAAACAAGAAUCCAGCAAGCUAACAUGUUCAAUAGUGGCGAGUACGAUGUUUUGGUAGCGUCGGACGCUGUAGGAAUGGGGCUCAACCUAUCCAUUGAACGAGUUAUCUUUACAACUCAUAUGAAAUUUAAUGGACAGGAAAUGAUGGAAUUGACCUCCUCCAAUGUCAAGCAGAUUGGCGGGCGUGCUGGGAGGUUCAAGGUAUCUAGAACGCCAGCUAACUCAGUUGAUGGGGGAAAAAAAGCUUCCGUUGGCCUUGUCACAGGUGUUGACACCAAGGUUUUAGCCGCAGUCAAGAGCGGUAUGGAAGCACCCAUCGAGUAUCUUCAAUCUGCGGUGGUUUGGCCAACCGACGAAAUUUGUGGAAAGCUCAUGACGCACUUCCCUCCAGGCACACAGGUGUCAGAACUACUUCAAACUUUGGCCGCUGAUGUGGAAAAGAGGUCAGCCAAGCUAUUCACUCUCAGCGAUUUAAAAAAUAGACUGAACAGCAUUUCUUUAUUCGAACACAUGGAAGGGAUCCCGUUCUUUGAAAAGCUACGCCUGAGUAACGCUCCAGUGAAGGAUUUCCCUACGGUGAAGAAGGCGUACGUGCAGUUUUGCCGAACAAUUGAGCAGCGGCAAACAAAGUCACUGCUGAGCUACCCCUUCUCGUUUAGCAUCCUUGACCCACGCUACAUCAACAGCGACAAGUAUUCGCUCGAACAUUACGAGUCUUUGCAUAAUAUCAUAAUGUUGUACUUCUGGCUCAGCAACCGAUACCCAAACUACUUUAUUGAUCAGCAAAGCGCGCGGGAGCUCAAAGAUAUGUGUGAAAUGAUCAUAUUCGAGAAACUUGACCGGCUCAAGCGGAACCCUUAUAUGAGGGGUGCUUCUACUACGGGAGCUUCCCAUCGCUCGUCACGCGGCUUCAAGCCAACGUCUGUGCGACGUAAAUGA